AUGGAGGAGCCUCUGCUUUCUGAGCAAAGAAGUGAAUUGGGAGAGAAGGGGAGUGAGAAGUGGAGCUCGUACCAGUACGUGGGAAGAGCUGGCUCUGUGAUUCCGACGGCUUCGUUGGCCGGAACUGAAGUCAGCGUUGAAGAGAUAAGGUCAGCGGCUGCUGAUUCUGAUCACUACCCACCUUCUAUCCAUGCCGCUUUGGUUAGUUCGCCGGAGCCUGAUCCUACUGAGCAAGCUGUCGCAUAUCAAGGUGGAUAUGGAGGAGGUUUUGGUGGCACCACAAAUGAACUCCAUAGGCAAAUACUGGAUGAAGUAGAGAUACGAGAGUUGCUCAUUGAUCAUGUUGGCCAUAGAUGCUGUUGGGGAAGUCGUCCUGCACGGACCUGGAAAAUUCAAAAAGUGGAAGAUUGCAACGUUUAUGUGGGAACGCUAGAUACUUUCAUUGAAGAAAGGGAAACCAUCAGAGAAACAGAGCCGAACCUUGGUGGCAAAAUUGAUGGAAAGGAUAAGGGACCAGAACUUGGAAUCUGGGAAUUGGAUUUAAAGUCUCAGUUUCCUGUUUUGUUUAUACCUUAUAAAGAAUCUCGGGAGAUAAUUCCUCAUUCUGAGUCCAUUGAAAAAUGCUCAGGUUGUGCAGGACGAGGAGAUUCUGUGUGUCCUACAUGCAAUGCAAAUCAAGAACCUGGAUUUUACAAAGAAAAUCUGAUGACUCAGUGUUCUGCUUGUCAUGGAAGGGGUUUAAUUGCUCAUAAAGAUGGAUCUGACUCCAUAUGUGGGAGUUGCAAUGGUAAGGGAAAGAUCCCCUGCGCAACUUGUGGAUCUCGCGGUCUAAUUAAAUGUUUGACAUGCCAAGGGAGUGGUUCUCUUUUGACACGCAAUGUUGGCCUUGUUAGAUGGAAGACACUUUCAACUAGAAAGGUGAGUGCAACAAGCGGAGCAGCAUCUGUUCCAGAUGAGGUUUUCCACAGAGCCAAAGGAGUCCAGCUGUGCAACACCCAGGCAUAUCAAUGCACUCCAGCCUUUUUUGCCGACUCUUUCUUUCUUAAUCAGUUCUCUUCCGAAGUCAUUGCAGACAGAGCUCCUGUACCUCUCACUGCAAGGGUGAUAAGUGAGAGGCACACCAUCUCCGUUGUGCCGGUGACGCGUGUCACCAUGGCUCAUCGUAGCCGGUUGUUCAGCUUCUACAUCAUUGGGUUUAGCAGGGAGGUGUACUUAAAGGACUACUAUCCCGCCAGGUUUUGCUGGGGCUUUUGCCCUUGCCUAGAGUGGUUGAAGUUGUAA